CUUAUCCAACAUCAUGAUCUCUUGUUGAAACUUCUAUACCUUUAUACAUGUAGAUACUCAUAUGAUUAGUCCUAGCCGGGGGUUCUGCUCAAGAAUAUUUGCUUACCUCUCUUUUCUCUCUUCCCUUGUUCCGUUAAUCAUUUGCUUCCCCUUUGUCAUACAGAAUCAAUAACAUUCUAUAAGUUUUUCAAAUACAAUUAAUAUCCUCUACACAUUUAUAUACAUACGAUAGUAACCAUGGCGAGUGUUCAGCAAGAUAAGCCUGCGGUUGUCUGUGUAUUCUGCGGCUCAGUCUCCGGUAACAACUCCGUUCACCUGGAGACAGCCCGAGCCCUUGCACACGAGUUUCACAAGAACAAUAUCCAACUUGUCUACGGCGGCGGCACAGCGGGCCUCAUGGGUGAAUUGGCCCGCACCCUCGUUUCUCUUUCCGGACCCCAAGCAGUGCACGGUAUUAUUCCCCGAGCCUUGGUCAAAGUCGAGCCCGGCUAUGACAAUGCACAAGAGGAGAGGAACCCUUCUGCGGUCGUAAGCGGGAAAGAAGCAGAGCGGGUCGUCAAGGAGCCUAUGGGUAAGAUCGGGACGCUGAAGGAGUCAGAGUACGGGUAUACCACCAUCGUCCCGGAUAUGCACACGCGCAAGCGCAUGAUGGCUGAGAAGGUCCGAGAGGGUGGCCCGGGAUCGGGCUUUGUGGCGCUGGCGGGCGGGUUCGGAACUAUCGAGGAGGUCAUGGAAAUGACUACCUGGAAUCAGCUGGGAAUCCAUAAGCUGGGCAUGGUGUUGCUCAAUGCCAAUGGGUAUUGGGAUGGUGUGUUAGCGUGGGUGAGGAACUCAGUCCAAGAAGGCUUUGUCAGUCCUGAGAACGGUGAGAUCUUGGUUGAGGCCAAGGAUGUCAGUGAGGUUUGGCCCAAGCUGGUUGGUUAUAAGAUUAGCAAUGGGAGGAUGCAAUUGAAUUGGGGAGAGGAGUAGGCUGGCUGACUAGCCUACUGACGCGAGGGUUCAGCUUAUACUCGGCAUGAAGGUUUAUCAACGCCGGUCAUAUUUUUAGAGGCUACCCCCAGUUAGAACUGGAGGAUAGAAGGAAGAGUACAGGGGAAGGACUAGAGCGCCAAUU